AUGAAAUUCUUCGCUGUUCUCGCUCUCUGCAUCGUUGGAGCUAUUGCUUCCCCAUUGACUGCUGACGAAGCUUCACUCGUCCAAUCAUCAUGGAAGGCUGUUAGCCACAACGAAGUUGAAAUCCUUGCUGCUGUCUUUGCUGCUUACCCAGACAUCCAAAACAAAUUCUCACAAUUCGCUGGAAAGGACCUCGCUUCAAUCAAGGAUACUGGUGCAUUCGCCACACACGCCACAAGAAUUGUUUCAUUCUUGUCAGAAGUCAUCGCUCUCUCAGGAAACACCUCAAACGCUGCCGCAGUCAACUCACUCGUCUCAAAGUUGGGAGAUGACCACAAAGCUCGUGGAGUUUCAGCCGCUCAAUUCGGAGAAUUCAGAACUGCUCUCGUUGCCUACCUCCAAGCUAAUGUUUCAUGGGGUGACAAUGUUGCUGCUGCCUGGAACAAAGCUCUUGACAACACCUUUGCCAUCGUUGUCCCACACAUCCAAAACAAAUUCUCACAAUUCGCUGGAAAGGACCUCGCUUCAAUCAAGGAUACUGGUGCAUUCGCUACACACGCCACAAGAAUUGUUUCAUUCUUGUCAGAAGUCAUCGCUCUCUCAGGAAACGACUCAAACGCUGCCGCAGUCAACUCACUCGUCUCAAAGUUGGGAGAUGACCACAAAGCUCGUGGAGUUUCAGCUGCUCAAUUCGGAGAAUUCAGAACUGCUCUCGUUGCCUACCUCCAAGCUAAUGUUUCAUGGGGUGACAAUGUUGCUGCUGCCUGGAACAAAGCUCUUGACAACACAUUCGCCAUCGUUGUCCCACGUCUUUAA